AUGGAUGAAAAAAGGAAGCACCAUAAAAAAAAGAAAGUCGGGAAAAAAGCAAAAAAUAAAAAAAUCAAUAAAAAUGUGAAUAAAAAAUAUCAUAAGGCUUUUACUUUUAGUGGGGGAAUAAAUAGUGCCCAUAGAAGAAAACAACAUUUAUAUGAGCUUGAAGAGAAAAAGUUACGUAUUGAUAAAACAAUAAAAGAAGGAUAUAAAAAUAGUCCUCUUAUUAUAGCAAUUCAUGGGCCUAAGGGUGUAGGAAAAAGCACAUUAAUGAAAAGCAUUAUUAAACAUUAUGUUGGUAUUAAUAUUAAUGAAAUUGAUAGACCUAUAUCUAUUUUUACAAAAAAUUUAAAAAGAUAUACAUUUAUAGAAAUUAAUGAUGAUAUAUUACAUAUGAUUGAUGUUGCAAAAAUUGCAGAUAUUUGUUUAUUAGUUAUUGAUGGAAGUUUUGGAUUUGAAUUAGAAACAUUAGAAUUUACAAGCAUCUUAAAUACUCAUGGGAUGCCUAAAGUUAUUGGGGUUGUUACUCAUAUGGAUAAAUUUAAAGAUAAUAAAAGUAUAAGAAAAAGAAAAAAAAAAAUUAAUAAACGGUUUUCAGAAGAGAUGGUUGAAGGAUCAAAAAUAUUUUUUCUUAGUGGUAUACAAAAUAAUAGAUAUAAUAAAACCGAAAUUCGAAACUUAUGUAAAUUCUUAUCAGUUAUGAAAAGGCCAUUAAUAUCUUGGAGAGAUCAACAUGGUUAUAUCCUUGGCUUAAAAUUAGAUAUUGAAGAUGAUGAAUCUUAUAAAAAUCAAAAUGAUUUUUUAAAAAAACAAGAUGCUUUGAUGGAUGACAAUGAUUUGAGGUUAGAAAAAUUUCUCGAUAAAUGUGAAGAUGAAGUACCUGUAUAUGUAGAGGGAUAUGUAUAUGGCUCAAAAAUGUAUAAAAAUCAAAUUGUUCAUAUACCAAACAUUGGUGAUGUAAAAAUAGAAAAUAUAAAAAUUUUACAAGAUCCAUUUAAAAUAAACCAAGAAAAAAAAACUCCAAGUAUUUAUGCCCCAAUGUCUGAUGUUGGAAAUUUAUCUUUUGACUUUGACAAUAUGUACAUCCAUAUUCCCAAUAAUAAAGUGAACUUCACAAAGCCAGAGCUACUUAUGGAAAAAACAGAUCAGGCCGAGGCCAGUGACACCACGGGAGAAGAUAACGAUGAUGAUGCCAAACAAAGCGGUGGCACGGACGACGACGACGAUGAGGAUGAGGAUGAAAGUGAUGAUGAAAGCGAUAGUGAUAUUGGCAAGCAUGAUUCGGAAAGGAAAGGAGGUGAAAAUUCAAAGUACAUGACAGAUAGCAUAAAAAUGAUAAGGGAAUUGCAAGAUUGUAAAUACGUUUUUUCUAAAAAUCCUGAUGAAGAUGAUAUAAAAUUAUUUGAUGUAAAAGAAAAUGAUAUGGAAAGAGGGUUAGGACAAAGACGUAAAGCACCAUCAAAUGUAUAUAUUAGUGAAAAACAAAAAAAAAAAAAAAUGGCUGAAAAUUAUGUUAAUGAAAAGUCUAGAGAAUAUAAUAAACUUCAAUCAAUUUUAUUUGAAAAAAAAAAUAAAGAAGAUGACUAUAAUUAUAUGUCAAAUAUAAAUAUAUCAGAUAAUGAAGAUAAUGAUGAAAAUGAUAAAAGUUAUAGUGAGUUUUAUAAUAAAUACGCUUUACAAAGAGAUAAAGAAAUCGAAAAUUUACAAUAUGACUAUUCAGAAAAUGAACAAAUGGAUUUAACAAAUUUAAAUAAUGACAUGAAUCCAUAUUCUAACAUUGCUAACCUUCUUGCUUUUGAAAAUAAAAUAAAUAUAGAUGUAUUUUUAUAUAAUCAUAAUUAUAUAAAUAGAAUAAAUAAUUGUUUAUAUUUUAAAGGAGAUUUAAUAAAUAUUAUAAAUAUGGAAAAAAGAAAAAUAACUAAUACCGACAUACCGAACCAAGAUAUAAAUAUGCAUAUAAUAAAAAAUACACUUUGUACUGAUACAUUAAAUAUCGAAGAAAAUAAACAAAACAAUUAUAGUUACAUCCAUUCAAGUAACUAUUUUAUUAAUCAUAUUGAUUCAUUUAAUAUGACAAAUGAUGAUAUUUUUAUAUUUAAUAAUCUUAGCAUAUUUAUAGGAGAUAUUGUACAAGAAGAAUUGGUAGAUAAUUUUUUUUCGAAAUACGAGGAGUUAUAUAGCUCGUGCUUCGUGAAAAGUGAGGAGGAAGAUGAAGAGGAAGAAAAUGAGAUGGAAGGUGAAGAGGAAGAAAAUGAUGAAAAAAGUAGCAAAAUGGAUAAUACUCCAAAAUCUGGGAAUACUACGCGACCCAUUGAUGAAAACCUCAAACUGCUUAAAGAAAAAAAGGAAAAAGAAAAAGAGAAAUUUUUAGAGACAGAAGAAGUUGGAGUUUUAAGUAAUAUGUAUGGAUCAUCAGUAAAUAUAGGUGAAUAUGUAAAAAUAGAAAUGAUUAUAAAAAGAAGUAAAUUAGGUGUUUUAAAAAAUAAUUUAAUAAUAUGUGGAGGAUUACAAAGUUAUGAAGAAAAAGAUUCAGUAAUACAUUGUAGAGUUAAAAAACAUAGAUGGUUUCCAAAAGUUAUGAGAUCUAAUGAUCCUUUAAUAUUUUCAGUUGGAUGGAGAAGAUAUCAAAGUAUACCUAUAUAUUCAAUAAAUGAAAGAAAUAAUGUAAGGACUCGAUUUUUAAAAUACACAACAGAACAUAUGCAUUGUAAUUGUACAUUUUAUGGACCAUUAUCGGGUGUUAAUAGUGGUAUAUUAGCUAUUUAUAAUUAUAAAAAGAUUCCAUUUUAUCGUAUAUGUAUAAAUGGAAUAAUAUUAGAAACAAAUAAUAAUAUAAAUAUUAUGAAAAAAUUAAAAUUAAUUGGUGAACCAUAUAAAAUAUUUAAAAAUACAGCUUUUAUAAAAAAUAUGUUUAAUUCCGAUUUAGAAGUUUGUAAAUUUAUUAAUUGUCCUGUUAUUACACCUAGUGGAAUCAAAGGCCUUAUCAAAAAUAAACUAAAUGAUAAGGGUGAUUUUAGAUGUACAUUUUCAGAUCAAAUAAAAAAAAGUGAUAUAGUUAUAUUAAAGUUAUAUGUAAAUGUUUCUAUUAAAAAAUAUUAUAAUUAUGAUAUAGAAAAUAGAUUAAAAUCAAUAAAUGAAUUAAGAUAUAUAUAUAAUAUAUAUGUUAAUCAUUCAAAUGGAUAUCGAAAAAUGCCUUUUAGACAUUUUUAUCAUAACAAAAUUUAUGUAAAACCACAACUCUUAAAACAAUUGCCUUUCAAAUCGAAACCCAAAUUGUUCAAAAAGAUUAAUCAUGAAAAUGACGUUAAAAAUGACACCAAGAAAAAUGAUACAAUUAAUUUUAAAGCUUUAGAAAAUCCUAAAUUAGCUGCCAAAUGGUAUCAAAUGCUACAUUCAAUUAAAAAAAAUAUUAUUUUAAAACGAAAAGAAAAGGCAAAAUUAUCAUAUCAUAAAAAAUUAAAAGCAAAAAUAAAAAUACAAGAAGAAAAAGACAAAGUUGUCAAACAAAGGAAAAAAGCUUCCUACUUAAAAAAUCGGAAAGCCAAAUAA